AUGAUGUUUGAUGUUGACCCAGAAUUGGACACCGAGGAUACAAGGAUUUCGUUGGCCAGUAUUUUAGAGCUGCUGGAUCCGAUAGCAUCCAAAGUUAGCUCUAGGAAGUACCCUUUGAGAGGGCUGUACUACAACAGGGGGAGGCAAGUGAAUGAUUCGGCAAAGCAUCUGAGCCAUAGGACAAAACAGAACUACCAUCAUUUACGAAACAGGUUGAGCGAUACCACAUCGAAUAGAUUAAGGAGUAUUGAUGAGAUCAAGAAUAAAUUGCUGUUGAGAGUGAAGGGUUUGGAUGAACCCCUCCAUACAAUAUUCUUUAAAGAUAUUAACAAACUAGAGAAACUGUUUUAUCCAUUUACCCUGUUCAACAUCUUCUCUAUCGGGAUGAUAAUGGGUCAGUUCCCAGAAUGGUUCCACGUGUAUUACACUUUCUUGUUAGGGCUUCUGAUGCCGAUAAGGUUUUACACGUAUUAUAAAACGCAGACACACUACUUUAUGGCAGACCUGUGCUACUUUGUGAAUUUUUUAUGCUUGGUCUACAUAUGGGUUUGGCCGCAAUCACGCAGCCUGUUCCUGUCCUGUUUCUGCCUUACUUUUGGUUCUCUCUCCUUUGCGGUGAUUACUUGGAGGAAUUCUCUAGUCUUACACUCCAUCGAUAAGACAACCUCCUGUUUUAUCCACAUUAUUCCUCCGGUAGCCAUGUACGUCAUAUAUUAUGGCUUGCCGGCAGAGUAUCAAAAGGAAAGAUUCCCAGCAGCCAUAAAAUCUUCUGUCAAUCUGAAGAGCAACAUUGUCUGGACCUCUCUUUACUACCUUCUUUGGCAAUCGAUGUACCACUACUUCAUCACGCUAAAGAAGUCUUCCAAGAUCAAAUCAGGAGAAAGAAUGACGAGUUUUGAAUAUUUGACUUCCCAUCAAUUUAAAGACUUCUGGGCAGUCAACUUAAAGGCUCCCUGGCCCAUGGUGAUUUAUAUUACUUUGCAAUAUCUCUACCAGCUCUGCACCAUGUUACUUUGCUCAUUGUGGCUACGAUCUAGGAUUGCCGCGGCAGCUUUCUUGAGUUCCAUAUUCUUGAUUGCAGCACACAACGGUGCCACGUAUUACGUCGACUAUUAUGGGAGGAGUUUUGAGAAACAAGUCAAUAAAUUGAAAGCAGAACUGGAAGAGUUGCAGAAGCAACUAUAUGCUAAGGAUAAUGAAUUGGAGGUGUUAAGUGACUCGGAUAUGUCCUUCUCUGAUUCAACUGUUUCAGCAACUCCAGAUGAUAGGCUGUCGGGACAAUAG